ACCGAAACCAACAAGAAAUUCAAACGCACAGCGAGAGCGGGAGAGAGAGAUGCCAAGGAACGAAGGGAAGGCGAAGUCGGGGAGGAAAGCACUGAAAGAUUUAUCUAACAACAACGAUGUUGGAAGGAUCUCGAAACUCAUGCAUUCAAAGAAGAAGUUACCGGAGAGGGAGAACGAGGAUCUGUCCAGGAAGGCUGAAGAAGACGACGCGCUCGACCGCCUUCUUCUCGUCCGGUCCGAUCUCUCGUCUCUAACCCACCAGAUUGAUGAACUUGUCGUGCAAGUAAUUGAAGUGAAGGCAACAAGCACACAAGGGAAAAAAGAAAUUGAAUCUUUUACGCAUUUCUUGUCCGAAAUGGUUUCCUCUUUAAAGCCAUGGUUUCCCAGAUUUCAGAAGGUGCUCUGCAGUCCUCCUGUGGAAUCUGAGAAUCAGUUGGGGCAGACUGGAGCAACUCAAAUAGUUUCUUCGACUAAUAAAGUUAAAAGUGAUGCUCAUGAUAGUCCAAAACAGAGCAAGUUGGAUUCGUUAGUCUCUCCUUCCCCUCUUGUGUCAUGGCGUGCUGAAUGCACUAUUGAGAGAGGUAGACAGCUGUUUCUCCUCACACCUCUCCCCAUAUCAAAAACAUUAUCAUCAAAACAGGGCCCAUCAAAAUCAGUGUUUGAAAGGAUCACUUCCAAUUCUACUGCUGGGCCGCCAACUUUUUUUACUAUUUCAGGAGAUAUAAAUGAUGAUUUACUUGAAGGUGUACCUAUAAUGCCAACUCCAAGUAAGCCAUCUGAUUCUGCGGUGACCGAAAUGGAAAACACCCUACAGAUUGAAUCUUCACCUAUGUUUUCAAAACGAGACUGCUCCAUGCUUGUUAUGACUCCGUGCAUGAAAAUGUCACCUCCAAAAUCUUGUGUAUUGCUUGAACCUAUAUCUGAGUCCUCUCAUCAAGGUAAUCCUAGGGUUCGUAAGUCCACCCCAUUUCCCGUUGGAGUUCAUUGCAGUGAUUCAGAACGUUCUGAAUCCUCUGGUGGUGAUACUUCUCAGGGUCUUGCAUUUAAGUAUCCAGAGCUCUUAGGGAUUCAACAGGCUUAUAAACUAGGACUUGGAAAGAAAAAGGUAGAAGCAUCACCUGAUUGGUUUGUGUCACCACCUAAAACAUGUGUCUUACUGGACCCGCCCAAUGAGAAGUCAUCGAAGAAUGAAAUUGAUGAAUGCCAGAUGCCUAUAGCUUCUCAUGUUUCCAAUCAGCUGGUGAACUUGGCUUCAUUAAAGCGAGCCAGUGUUCGAUGUGGCCUUCAGCAAACCAACAAAUCUUGUAACCAAGAACCUCUCGGAGGCAAUUUCGCAUUCAUGGACAGCACUCCAAUGUGGAAGGAACCUGAAAGCAUAAUGCAGAGGGGCAGACGUGCUGGUGAGAAUACACUAAAGAAAGAGUUGUGGACAAGGUUCGAAGCAGCAUCUACUCACGGGCUUCGUUUUAAUGUAUCUGUGCCCCAAAAUACUGCUGAGAAAGGGUUUCUUGAUUUACUGGAUGAGGCCUCUUGUGACGAGUGAAGUUAUGUGGGUUUGAGCCGGCAAAGUUAUAAUUUUGAUCUUUAAUUGUUGAUUUGUAAAUGGUGGUUCGUGUUGUAUGUUGGAAGCAAUCAGGGGUUCAGUCAUGAGUUUCGCACCACCUAUGACCCCUGCAUCUUUUCGUGUCGCUUUUGUUUUUUCUCUUGAUAAAUCAGAUAUGCUGCUGCUGAUUGUUUUUCUCGAGUCUUUAAGGUACUUCAGUGUACACACAUUUGAGGAUGGACGCAGAUUGUAGAGACAUAAAAGAAUCUAUCUUGAGUUUUCAGCA